GGGCCCGCUGACUCCGUGACAACAUCCCGUCGGCUCCGUGCGACACCGGCGGGAUCUCCGAGGGUUCCCGCUCCGCGGACUCCGCGCGCUCCCCGCGCUCCCCGCGUCCCCCCGGGCCGCCAUGGCUUCCAACCCGCAGCCGCAGCCUCCGCCGCCGGCGCCGCCGCCUCCUCCGCCGCAGCCGCAGCCGCCGCCGCCGCCGCCGGGCCCCGUAACCGGUCCCGGCGCGGGGGGCACGGGCGGUGCGGGCGCGGGCGCCGGGGACCCGCAGCUGGUGGCCAUGAUCGUGAACCACCUCAAGAGCCAGGGGCUCUUCGACCAGUUCCGCAGGGAUUGCCUGGCCGACGUGGACACCAAGCCUGCCUAUCAGAAUCUCAGACAGCGUGUUGAUAACUUCGUGGCAAACCACCUAGCAACUCAUACCUGGAGUCCUCGCCUCAAUAAGAACCAGCUAAGAAAUAACAUUCGACAGCAAGUGCUCAAAUCAGGAAUGCUGGAAUCCGGUAUCGAUCGAAUUAUUUCUCAGGUUGUGGAUCCAAAGAUCAACCACACAUUCAGACCUCAGGUAGAGAAAGCUGUGCAUGAGUUUUUGGCCACACUAAAUCACAAAGAGGAAGCAAGUGGCAGUGCCGUCCCGGAUGACGAGAAACCAGACUCCUCCGUCGUUACACAAGGUGUCCCUGCUCCUGGGCCCAGUGCUAAUGUCGCCAGUGAUGCUAUGUCGAUCUUAGAAACCAUAACUUCUCUUAACCAAGAAGCUAAUGCUGCCCGGGCCUCCACAGAAACGCCCAAUGCCAAGAGUAGUGAGAGAGUAUCCAGGAAGCUCUCCCUUCAGCCAAGCCCCGACCUUAGUGCUGACAAAGAGAAGAUGUCAGAGGACGUGGCUGAUCAAGAAAGGGCCGUACCUGACUCUGGAGGGGAAACCCUCGAAACUGCCCUCAAGUCUGAAGAACUCAGUGAUGCUCCCUGUCAAGGUGAAGAAGUUAAAAACCACACAAAAGAGAACAGUGGCGUAGUUCUGCUAAAUAAGGAUGCUCAACAGGAAAGCAGUGACCAAAAGAACAAAUCCACAGACAAAGCUGAAAAGAAACCAGAGAGCAAUGAAAAAGGAGAAAGAAAGAAAGACAAGAAGGAAAAGAUUGAAAAGAAGUUUGACCACUCCAAAAGGAAUGAAGAGACACAAAAAGUAAAAGAUGAGAAACAAGCAAAGGACAAAGAAGUAGAGAGUUCAAAACCUCCUUCAGAAAAGAAUACUAGUAAGGCUAAAACUGCUGAAGGGACAAAAGAAGACUCCUCUUUGAUAGAUUCUGAUGUGGAUGGACUUACAGACAUUACAGUUAGUUCUGUUCAUACCAGUGACCUUUCAUCUUUUGAAGAAGACACUGAGGAGGAAGUUGUAAUGUCUGAUAGCAUGGAGGAAGGAGAGAUUGCAUCUGAUGAUGAAGAGAAGAACAAACAGAAUAAAACAAAAGCUCAAACCAGUGAUUUGAAUGAAGGAAAAGCAAAAAGUGUGCGUCAUGCUUAUGUUCACAAACCAUUUCUGUAUUCAAAGUACUAUAGUGAUUCUGAUGAUGAGCUUACUGUAGAACAGCGGCGACAGUCUAUUGCUAAAGAAAAAGAAGAGAGGCUCUUAAGAAGGCAAAUUAAUAGAGAGAAACUUGAAGAAAAACGAAAACAAAAAGCAGAAAAGACCAAGUCUUCUCAAGCCAAGAAUCAAGGAAAAAGUAGCAUAGACUUAGAAGAGUCAUCAACAAAGAAUGUGGAACCUAAAGCCCCUGGAAUUAAAGAAGUCCUUAAAGAACGGAAGGUUUUAGAGAAAAAAGUAGCAUUAAGCAAGAGAAGAAAGAAAGAUUCACGGAACAUUGAUGAGAAUUCCAAAAAGAAACAACAGUCUGAAGAAGAUUCCAAAGAGACUCUCAAAACAAAUGAGCACUGUGAAAAGGAAAAGGGAUCCUCUUCAAAGGAGCUCAAGCAUGCCCAUGCAAAAGGCGAGCCAAGUAAACCUACCCGGAGACUUUCAGAAUCUUUGCAUUCAACUGACGAAAACAAAACUGAAUCCAAAGGAGAAAGAGAACAUAAAAGACGGACAUCUACCCCCGUGGUAAUGGAUGGGGCACCAGAAGAAACUGACACCAGAGAUGGGAAGAAGCAACUGGAACGCUCAGAAAGUGGAACAGAGGAAACCCAGAAACAGAAAAGCUCACUUAAGAAUGAAAAACAUCCAAAGAAAGAUGACUCUGAAAUUCCACAUUUGAAAACCUUACCUAAGAAAGAAGUAAAAUCUAAAGAGAAGGCUGAAAAGGAAAAAACUCCUUCAGAAGAAAAACUGCCUACAAAACACAAGUAUAAAGGUGACAGUGUACAGAAAACAGGUGAUGAGGCUGAACUUCACUCUGAAAAAGGUCUAAAAGUAGAAGAAACUAUUCAGAAGCAAAAUCAGCAAACUAAAGUAUCUUCAGAUGAGAAAGCGGAACGAAAAAGUAAACAUAGGAAUGAAAGGAAAUUAUCAGUAUUAGGCAAAGAUGGAAAGCCAGUUUCUCAAUAUAUUAUAAAAACAGAUGAGAAUGUGCGUAAAGAAAAUAAAAAAGAGAGACACAUAUCAUCUGACAAAACUAAGGCAGAGCACAAAUCCAGGAGAUCAAGUGAUUCUAAAUUGCAGAAAGAUUCUUCCAGCUCCAAGCAACAUGGUGUCCCAGCACAAAGAAGAAGCGAAAGUUACUCAGAAGAUAAGUGUGAGACAGAUUCAACUAACUUAGAAAGUAGUUUAAAACCAGAAGACGUUCACAAAGAGAGGCGACGAACAAAGAGCUUAUUGGAUGAAAAACUUGUGUUGAAGUCUAAAUCAAAAAGUCAAGGUAAACAAUUAAAGGUUUCUGAAACAGAGCUACAAGAAAGUAUCACAAAACAGUCAGUCACUCCAAAACCAGAUAAGGAGAAGAACACCGAAGAAACGGAUUCAGAAAAACAACGCAAGGCUAAAGUUGAAGACAGACCUUUAGAAGAAUCCGGUGUUGAUCAUGGGUUAGAGAGUGCUGCUUCUUCAGCACACAGUACACAGAAAGACUCUAGCCACAGAGCAAAGUUACCAGUGACAAAGGAAAAAUAUAAAGGUGAUAAAGAUUCUAGUGCCUCCCGACUUGAGAGAAAGUUAUCAGAGGGACACAAAGGCAGAAACUUAAAGCACAGUAAUAAAGACAUGAAAAAGAAGGAAGAAAAUAAACCAGAUGACAAGGACAGUAAAGAAGUUGACAGUAACCAUGAAAAGACUAGAGGGAAUGGUUCGGUCGUAGAAAAAAAAUUAAGUAGAAGGAUGAGUGAAAAUCGAAGAGGAAGCUUAUCACAAGAAAUGACCAGAGAAGAUAAAUUAUCAGGAAAUACUGUGGGCACUCCAAGUAGUUCCUCUCUUCUGAGGCCAAAAAAAAGUGGUGAAACCGUGUCGAUUCCUGAACAAGAACCAAUGGAAACUGAUUCUGAGGCUGCUGUUGAAAAUGUAUGUGAAGGAUCUAAACCUCAAGAUAGCAGCCAUAAUAGUUCUCAGCAUGACCUUGGGUCUGACCAUCCUAUAAAACCAAAAACGACGACAGUUCUCAAAGAUGAAUUAAGAACUUCUGUAGUAGAUUCAAAAACAGCAACUGCAGCCUGUAAGUCAGGGCGUGGAAUGGGAAUUACUAGCAAUCCUGAAAAGCGUGCUGACCAUAACAGCACCUUAACCAAGAAGUCUCAUACUCAGCAUGCUGUGUCCAGACCUAAUCCUGGGGAGAAAGAAUCUGCUCAGCGAGGAGCUCAUGAUGUGAGUGUCGACCCGGAGCCAAGUCUCAGAAUGUUGUCUAGUGCCCUGUCAGCAAAUAAUAGAGUGCAGAAGAACUUGAAAAGCACAGCUGGUCCCUCGGAAGAACACACUGGUCAAGAAGACACUGCUCUGGAACAUUCCAUAAACUUAAAUCCCUCCCCAUCCUUAAGUUCAGUGACUGUUUUGCCGCAGAAAGAAUCUCCUGGUUCAGAACUGAUUCCUCCUCUGAGCAGAACUGUUUUAGAAGGUAGCAUAGCCAGCACAUCCCUUAAGGAUCCCACUGAUACUGCUAACCAAAGUUUGCCUGUUAGGAAAUCAGAAGUCUCUAGGACAAGUUAUGGCAAAGAAAGUGGUGAUGAUUUCACAGUAAAUAUAUCAGGAAAAUCAAGCACAGCUGGCAAGAAACACAUUUCAGAAGAUCACCCAGCCACUUUAUUAGACAAUAAACAAGAGAAAGUAAAUACUAGUCUUGCUUGCAAGUCAAUGGACAUGAUGAUGGAAAAUGAGAAUGCUGGCAAAGAAGCUGGCUUUGUGGAUGCAGCCAAGAAAGAAAUUGACUUAAAUGCAGAGCUUAAUUUAAAGCAGACAGCCAUGGAAAAUGACAAGAAGGAUGACAUUGCUGUUAAUCCUGUAGUAGGCAUAAGUACCGAAAAAGAUGCUGAAACAGAUGAACUUGAACAUAAAGAUUUGGUUGAAAUGAAAACACUGCCGACUGAUGUUGAGAAAAGGGCUGAAAACAAUGACAUAAACACCAGCGCUGGAGGUGACACUGCUCCCUCUGUGUCUCAGCAGAGGAAUGGGAAAACUCCAAAGGAAGCUGUUGGACCUGGUAGAACCGAAGAGACUUCUAUUGCUACUAGUACUGAAGAGAAGGACAAAGGCAUCUCCUUAAACCCAGUAAAGGCUGUGGGUGCUACCACCACUUCAUUAAAGACAGGAAAGAGGGGAAUGGCUUUGCCUUGCACCAGCAUCGAGGCAGACGAAGGCUUUAUAAUAGGUACACAUCCCCAAAACAAUCCCCUAGGGGUUGGGAUGGAAGCCAGUGAGUGCACCGUUUUUGCUGCAGCCGAAGAAGGUGGGGGUGUUGUCACAGAAGGAUUUGCAGAAAGCGAGACUUUCCUCACAAGCACCAAGGAGGGAGAAAGCAGAGAGUGUACUGUGGCAGAAUCAGAAGACAGAGCAGCAGGCCCUGUGUCUGCUGAUACAGUGAAAACGGAAGUCAGCGUCAACAGUGCUGUGACCGAGGAAAAAGAUGAUGCCGUAACCAGUGCAGGUUCGGAAGAGAAGUGUGAUGGUUCUUCAGGCAGAGACUCAGAAAUCGUUGAGGGGACUGUUAUUUGCAUUAGUGAAGUUGAAAGCGAUGGAGCAGUUACAAGUGCAGGGACAGAAAUAGGAGCAGGAUCUGCAAGCAGUGAAGACAUCAUUGGGUUCCAGGGAAACAGAACACGGAUGGAUCUCAAAAAAGAAACAGAGGGCGCUGUGACAUGUACAGGAGCAGAAGGCAGAAAUGAUAACUUGGUUAUCUGCCCAGCAACCGGGGCCGAGCCCCAAGGGGAGCACAUGGUUACAGGUGCAGAUGUGGUCCAGGUAGAUAAUAACACACCCCCUGGGACAAGCUCCAUCCCCAGCAGAGAUGGUUCUGGAAAUGACAGUAUGGAAGGGGAGAGUGCAGUCACCAGCACGGGCAUAACAGAAGAAGAUGGGGAAGGACCAGCAAGUUGCACUGGCUUGGAAGACAGCAGCGAAGGCUACGCCAUAAGUUCUGAGACAGAAGAAAGUGGAGAGAGUGCAAUGGACAGCACAGUUGCCAAAGAUAACACUGAGGUACCCUUAGUAGCCACCAGCCCUUGUGAUGAUGAAGACAUUGUGACCAGUACAGGUGCAAAAGAAGAAGAUGAUGAAGGGGAAGGUGUUGUGACUAGUACUGGGAGAGGAAAUGAAAUUGGCCACGCUUCGACUUGCACAGGGAUAGGUGAAGGAAUCUGCGAGAGCGCAGAAGGGGAAGAUAGUCAGAUUGGUCCUACAGUCGAGCAUGUGGACACAGAAGCCGGAGCGACUGUCAUGAGUGCCAAUGAAAGUAACAUUGAUAGCAUGAGCGGCGCCCAGAAGGAAAUCAAAGACAUGGAGAUCUGCUCCAGUGCCAAAGGGAUUGUAGAGAGCAGCGUGACCAGUGCGGUUGCAGCCAAGAGCGACAUGGCCCCACUUCCAGAAGGCCCCAUGACGAGCGCAGGUGCUGAUCCAACUGAUAGUCUCCUGGGGAGGAAGGAAAAGGGUGAAGAUAGCACUAUUACCACCGGCCUGGUCGGGGGCAGUUACGAUGUUCUUGUGUCUGGGGCAGUCCCGGAAUGUGAAGUUGACCACACAUCCCUAAGUGAAAAAGAAGACGAGGGCGUCAUCACCUCGGUAGAAAUCCAAGAGUGUGAUGGCCGCAUGGCCGCCACAGCCAGUGAGCCUUCCACCCAAGACAGCUCAGCUGGGGGUCAAAGUCAAGGCAAAGGAUUGAUGAUUUCUACCAGUACAACCAAUGAGUACACCCCUCAGGUAGGCAUGGCUGUAGAUACAGGACAUUCAAGUACUCUGGGAACUGAAGGAAACGUGGAAGGUGCCAGAGAAAAAAUGGAAGCAUUUGAGGCCCCGAUGCCCAGUGCCGUUUCAGGGAAUGAGAAUCAACUCACCGCCAGCAGAAGGGAAGAAAAGGACGAAUGUGCCAUGAUCUCCACGAGCAUAGGGGAAGAGUUUGAAGGGCCCAUCUCCAGCGCUGUCGACAUCAAAUGUAUUGAAAGUCAGCAGCCAGCCGCCACCACUGAUGACAGAGCUAAAGGCUCAGCCCGGGCGAGCACCGAGGACUUUGAGGUGCCCAUGCCCAGUGCUCCCACAGAAGCUGAACACCCUCUUGCCUCGACCAGCAAGGAAGAAAAGGAUGAGUGCGCUCUCAUUUCCACCAGCAUAGCAGAAGAGUAUGAGGCCUCCGUUUCCGGCGUGAGUGGGAACGCACCCUCUCUCACAGAUGGGAGUGCUGUCAUCUCCACCAGCUCAGUGGAAGACUGUGAGGGAGCCGUGUCCAGCGCCCCUCGGAAAGAAGUCCAUCCCUCAGCUGCACUAGCAGAGGAGACAAGUGACACCGCCAUGAUUUCCACGAGCACCUCUGAAGGACGCGAAGCGGUCAUGGUUGGCGUUGUCCCCGUGGGUGAAGACCAGGCCCCCAGUGAGAGGGCAGAAGACUCAAGCGACGCCGCCAUCAUCUCCACCAGCACGGCGGAGUGUGUGCCGCCGGGCACUGGCCUGGGCAGCCAGAAAGAGAAGCCGGCAGCCGCCCACGCCCCAGCAGGAAAUGACCUAGCCACUGGAAAAGUUAAGUGCGAGGCUCCCAUGCCCAGCCUCAUGGCUGAGAGUAACUGUCAGCAUGCCGGACCAUCCUCAGGAGGCAGGGACGCGGGCCCUGUGCUGCCAGUGAGCACAGCGGAAGGCCGGGGCAGGCAAUCCCUGUACCAGCCCUCUGUGGGGCAAAGCCAGUCAAGUGCUCUAUGUGCAAAAGAGAAAGACAGACACAGCCAGGACUGCCCUGGCCAAGGCCCAUUCACACCAAGAGGACAAAACAGUAGUGCUAUGCUAGAAGAGAAGAAUGUAACACUGAGUGCCAUUCACAGUGACGACAAAAGCCCAGAGGCACAGGUGACAAGGGACAGUAAUUCAACCAGUUGUUCAGCAGAAAGGGUCUUGGAGAAGAGUGCUGACUCACCUGUCCAUCCGAGAGGACCAGAGCAGACAUCGGCAGUAGAUCCCUCUCUCAGUAGUCACCAUUUGGCUGCAAUAAAUACUGGUGCUAACACAGCUGACAACAUACCACUCACCAAAGACCCUGCAGAAUAUCCUCCUCAGCCACAGGGACUUGGGGACAACUUGGAAAGCACUACCAGCAAGGACAGUAUAGGCCAAGAAUCCAAAACUGCGCCUUCAGACAUAGCUAUCCCUCCAGCUGCCUGCCAUGCACCUCCAACUGCUCCGAAAUGUGAAAAGGAUCUAACUCCAAAGAGUGAUCACAGUGACAGAGGGACUGCCGAAGCAUCUGCUGAGAAAACAGGGCACAGUCCUGGCACAAGGAAGUCACACCACAGAGAAGGGAACCUUGAGGCCACUCUUCCUGCUUGUGAAAAUACGUGUGACACAGGCAAUAUAAAUGUUCUGGGAGUAUCUGAACUGACAAACAACUUGAAAACAGAGACAGUGGUGCCUUCAGAGGAAGAGAAAAAUCAUGAAAUUCCAGCGGCAUCAGAAAGUCCCUAUGUGGGAAAGCUGAGUAGAAUAGCUGAAAUACAGGGGGAGUAUUCAUUGGAAGCUGAGUUACUGCAUGGUGAAAAUUCAGGUGCAGGAGUAAAUGAAGAAUGUAAUAAAAAAUCUUCUAACAAAGGAGAGCUAUCCAGUGAUAGAAAAGACAGCGCAGAAACUGUAAGAGAUCACAGUGUUGAAACAAAUCCUAAAGAGGUUGAAGAGGAAGAAAGGCACGUGCCAAAAAGAAAAAGAAAGAAGCAUUGCCCUUCCUCAGAAGAUGAACUGGAUGAUAACCCGUGUGUCCUGGAUUCCAGAAUAGCAGCCACGCCGCGGCCGCGUUCCAGAGCCGAGACACAAGACACAAAGGAAGAGAGCUCCAGAGAUACGGAGGAGUUGCCUAAAAUAAGUUCCAAGACAAACAGCAGCGCUUUGCAGGCUGAAGAAAAAGAUGAGCUUAGCAGCAGUGAGGCCACUGGUGACAGGACGGAGCAGAAUGAAGAGGAUGGCAUCAAAUCGCAGGAAGAAGAUCAGCCGAUAAUUAUUAAAAGAAAAAGAGGACGACCUCGUAAAUACCCUGUAGAAACAACAUUAAAAUCGAAAGACGACACCAAAACAGAUACUGGCAUUGUCACUGUAGAACAGUCUCCACCGAGCAGCAAGUUGAAAGUAACACAAACAGAUGAGUCCAAUAAAGAAACAGCCAACCUACAAGAAAGGAGUAUAAGCAAUGAUGACAAUGAAGAAAGACCAGUUGCCAGCGUGCGUCGGAGAGGAAGGAAGCCCAAGCGUUCCCUCACACUGUCAGAUGACACUGACUCCUCAGAGCCAGAGAGAAAACGCCAGAAAUCAGUUUCUGAAGCAACUGAGGACAAAAAAGAUCAGGACUCCGAUGAGGAGGAGGAGGAGGAGGAAGAUGACGAGCCCCCCGGUGCCACCACCAGAUCCACCACCAGAUCAGAGGCACAGAGAUCAAAGAUCCAGCUCUCACCUUCUACCAAGCGCAAAAGAGAAGGCAGCCCUCCUGGGGCCCGGACUCGGGGCCAGCAGAGAGUGGAGGAAGCCCCCGGGAAGAAGGUGAAGCGAUAAGCCUGCCCCGCCGCUCUGGCACGGAGAGGAGGAGGAGGAGGAGGAGGAGGAGGAGCCUCGAGAGGAGGAGGAGAAGGAGGAGCCUCGGAGCUGGGGCUUUAAAAAAAAAAAGAUCAAGAAAAGGAUAUGCAUGUGCUCUAAGUUCCUAGGUGCAAGCUUUUUCUUGUUAUGUUUUAAACAGCUUUAUAAACUAUUGUUCAUAGAAGAUAUUAUGUACAUUUAUUGACGAUAAAGGAAAGUAAGCUUACUUUGUAUCUGAAUUCAGCAAAGUAGUUGUAUAUUUAAACAUGCAAAAUUGGGGUUUCCCCACCCACUGUAGCCACCACCCCCCCAGCCCCAAGACCCCAGGCUGCCUUCUGGAGGUCUGUGUACAGUAUAUAAACAUGUAAAAAUAGGUUGUAUUUUACUCUAUGUAUGAUGCUAAUCAAUGAACAUUUUAUUUAUUUUACAGAGAAAUCUUAUCUGUGAACUUUACUAUAUAUCUGUUUAUUUUAUUUUAUUAUUUUUUUUAACGAGAAGGGUUUUAAAUGCUAUGCAGUCGUUAGUAGAUUUUUUUGUUGUUUUUAGAACUCUGCCUGCCCUGUAACUCGCUGAAUCUGACCUGGCAGGAAACGCUACAGAAACUCGCGCAUGUAUCCAAGUCAAAUAGUUUUAGCUACAGAAAGGGUCGCCAUUGCUUUCCCUUGACAGUUGUGACUGUUGUUUUUUUCUUCAGAAUGUCGCCUGUUCUUAGCUUAUUCUUGCAUCUGUGACUUUGCCACCAGCCCCGCUGCGGGGAGAGAAUCUGGUUCAGGGAGAGUCAGGCCCCUUCACCCGCCCGCCGCUACCCCAGGCCCU